AUGUUGGGGGCAGUGGUGUGGAACUCGCUUCGUGGGGAUGGUAGAAUCGCAUAUCACGCGAAUGUAUAUGGUCACGUUGCGGGGGACGAGUUCAGACCGACCCCCAUACCACUGGACGAGUGGCGUCCCGACGAGAGACGCGGCCGCGCGGGCACCCUCCACGAAACCAUUAACACGGACUCCCCAGCAGCGGUGUUCGCCGUUCCCGCGCAUUACUGGGAGGAUGCCCUGCGCCACAGCGUCUAUCUCACUCUGGUCCGGGACAAAAUAGACCAGCUGAUCGCGAGGGGCGACAUCGCCGCGCCGAACGGAAAGCCCCACCCCUACGGCCCAAACGAGGUCGACGAUCAGGACCUGUGGGAUAAGAUAAAAGCGGCCCCGUUCGAGAGACUGAAAGAGGAGGAGCUGACGACGUACGGUGACGUCACGAUCCUGGCGCGGGGCAGGCUGAUGGAGCAGCCGGGAGGAUUCCGCUUCACCGAGGACGAUAAGUCCAAGGAGAAAUGCAACAGUGACGAUUGUAUGGAGGGCGUCAAAGCAUUCUGGUCAGUGAAACGCGUCCGGCAAAGGGACCAGGAAAUCACGCCGGGCAGAUACCACUACGAGUUAACCUUCUCCGUCAUGUCACAAAUACCGAGGAGGCAGAAGAAGCCGCACGAGCACCCGAUAAGGACGUUCACGGUGCAGGAGAACGAUAAUAAAGCUUUCGAACCACCGCAAACGUAUCAGGGAGCGGAGGUGCCUCAGCACCAGGGAUCGCGGCCAGGGAGGGCGAUAUGGUUCCACAAAAAUAUACAAACGCCACAGUACCGAAAAAAGCAACAUCAAAGCGGUUUGGAAAGGCUGUUCUCCUCGUGGUUCGACGACUACGACGAUGAACCCAGCUACGAGCCCCCAAAGAGAUACAAGCAAACCUCUUACCACCCUUCGCCGUCCCAAUACUCCAAAGUGGGCCAUGUGGGCGGCGCCAGCUCGGAGCAGCACUCGCAGAAAACAUUACCGUAUCCAUACAGGCCUUACGGUGGGCAAUAUCAAAGCCAUCCAUCUCCACUCGCCACUCCACCAAUGGCACCUAUACAGCAGCAUUACAUUGAACCGGACACGGGUGGUUUUGAAAAUCCAUACGUACCGCAAACUGAUUACAAAGUGUCGGGAUUAAAUAAUACCCCGAGAACAACCCGCCCGGCGGUUUUACCUACGCCGUUGCCACCCUUGACCUCACCAUCGAAGGAAUUUUACAACAAACAGGGUAACUCAGUACAGCAUGAGGUGUUCGAGCAUGUAACAAAUCCACCAGAAAAUGCCCAGGUUCAAAAACAAUACAACAAAGUGAAAACGCCCACGAAAGUACAUCCAUAUCCAGACCAAUUAAGACCACCGAUAUAUAACGCACCACCAGGAGUAUUUGUUACAAGGGACAAAAAACCAUUUAAACCAAUGCCCCCAAUGAAGAUCCCAAUCGCCAAACCGUUAAGGACGAACAAACCCAUCGAUUUUCGGCCGAGUCCACAAGUACUCGAUGUUCAGUUUUCUGAACCCGAUCCUUUAUUUGAUACUGCAUUUCGGCCAAUCACUGUUAACUACUUCGACAGCAACACUACCGAAAACUUCCCAGUUGCUGAGAAUAACGAAAAAGGCGAAAACAAAACACGAAAACCGAAUGUAACUGCUAAAAAACCACUAAAGAAACACGAAAUGAAAUCUCAACGAAUUACGACGACGACUAUUCCGGAUAUAAUUACACUUAACGAUAAUCCCGAACAAGACGAUAUGGAAUGGGCAGACAUUUUGGGAAUCUUUUCGAAGACUACACCGAUGGAGUCGCAUAAAGAUAGAACUAGAAUAUCACAAACGACUACACCCUUACCAACCUCAAGUGUUAGUGUAAUAUCUACAUCAAGACAAGCUACUACGGAAAUUCCUUCGACGCCAUCACCUUCGACCGUUAAGCCGAAGAAACGUACUCGCCCUCCACCCAAGUUUACUAAAACAGAAAAAAUCAAAAAGCACAAAAGGAUCACAACUACUACAACUACAACAACAUCACCAAUUACUACCACAACAGAUACCCCACUGACAACAAAUAGUGCCGAGGAAAGAAAGAGAAAUCUUAAGCAAGAGUUAACGCAACAAGCAAGUAAUAGUGUCAUAGCUACGACAAAACCAAAAUGGUUACCUUCUUCUAAAACUAGCACGACGACGCCGUUCAGCACGACUACAACUGGUUAUUCGACUACGACUACUAAAAUUACUACCACAACCAAGGGAAUGGAAAAAGAACCAGAUUCGUCAACUGCACGACCAAAAAAUGUGAAUCGUUUUAGACAGUCAACUCUUAUGUUAAAAGGAACUUCAGUAAAACAUGAUAGAUGGACCGUAACAAGUUCUACGCCAGAGAAACAUCGUGGGCAAUCGGUGCCAUCGUCGUUAACGCAAAGAAGAAAAGGAUCAAAUUUUCAUGGAUAUGUUUCCUCCACCGCGAAAACUUUAGAUGAAGUUCGAAAUAUCCAACAUAUUGAUCACGGUACGAGUACUCUGUCAACUAGUCCGAAAAGUGAGGAGAGUACGGUCAAAAAUAUUGAGCUUACAUCUACAGUGACCCCUGCUUAUGAAGAAACGAACGAAACAUCAAUGGAUAGUAUGGAGGAAUUGGAUUUUAGUGAAGAAAAAAAUCAAGAAAGCUCGGAAGAAUCAAGAGACCAUACUGAAUAUAUUUUUCCACAGUCAUCUGACACAGGUAAUAACAAAAACAUGGAGAUAUCUGAUAGUCAGGACACUUUAACAACUGAAAAUAUUGUCAGUACGACAUCGCACCCAUUAGGAAAAACAAAGAAAUGUAAGAAAAAACAUCAAAAUCUAACAACAAAAGAGAGCAGUACGAAGACCUAUGAAAUAAAAGAUUUUACUACCACAAACGCCCCUUCAACUACACCGUUAACAACUCCAAAUAUAUUAGAAGACUUACUUAAUGAUUUCUCUUUUGAUGAUAACACUUCAGAGAGUGAGACAACAAGUCAAAAGCUGGAUCUAGAGAAUGAACAAAGUCAGACCAAUAAACAAUACUUUGGAGUGAAUGAUGAAUUGGAGGAACUUCUGGAUUCACUUAAAAAUGAUAAUAAAUAUGAAGAUAUAUCUGAUGACGAGUAUGAAGAAGAGGAUGAAGGUGAGAAUGAAGAUGACGGUGAUGAUGACGAUGACGGUGAUAAAGACGAUGAAACCGAACACACUUUUGAAGAAGAUGACACUACUUUUCAUUCUGUAAAUGAUUCACCACGCUAUUCACAAACAGAUUAUGAAGACAAUGAAAAACGUCCAUUCACGUUGCUUGAACUGAUGGCCAUGGAA